AUGUUGCUGCUUCAAAUGCUCAUGUUUACCCUUGUGGAUUUCAGUUCCUCAUAUGAGACUCCUACCAGGUGCUAUGGCACCACUUAUUCAUUCAGCCCACCACAAUUGCCUAAUUCCAUAUUUUAUAUGCCUCGAACAAGAGAUGAGCGGAUACUCGUUGCUGAGAAAGGAAAGUCAAAACACGAACGGUUUGAUGUUACACUCUCGGGUAUAAGCAUCAAAGAUCUGACAGACGAAGACGACCAAGCAAUCCUGUUUUUUGAUCAAGAAAAUAGUAUGCAACUGAAAAUCGAUGAUUGCAAUGAUCCUCAAAAAGCCUAUUAUGGAGAAGAUGUCUUUUUUAAGAUCCCACGUUCUGCUGAGUACUUGCAGUUCUCUCAGGUCGUGCCCUAUGAGUCAACCCUUCAACCUGUAGUGAUUUGGAAUCGCACUGACCCCAGUCUUCGAGGGUCAGUCAUAGCUGGUUAUUUUGAGAUAAAAAAAGCCAAGCAGACAAACAAUGGCUACUACAAAUAUAGAGAUUCACAGAAUCAGCUACUCAAGUGGAGAAGAUUGGAAGUGCAAGAGGUUCGUCAUUACUUUGAAGUCACUGAGGGGGACAAGUUAGAGGUGAAGGAAGUCGAAAUCCCUACUUGGGCAUAUGUUGUCUUUGCUGUGGCUAUCAUCCUUGGAAUUAUAAUUUGUUGCUGUUGUGUGAAAAAGUGCUGCUGUAAAAAAGACCAAAGAAACAUCCCUGAUUCUACAACAGCAGCACCUGCUGUGUUCUAUCAUGAAUCAAAUCAACCUGCUCCACCUGCAAUCCCUCUUCUCUCCAGAGAGCCAGUACGCUAUAUGGCUGAUCCAACUACUAAUGUCGUUGCCAGUAUGGACCCACCACAGUUCACUCAGGCCACAAUUCCAGCAGAACCAGGACCCAUAUCAGGAACUAAUUCCGACUUUGAGCCAAAGUUUGUGGUGAAAGGAUCCAUUUUCCCCUCUGCUCCUCCACUCAGCGCAGAUUCAUCUAUUCAAGAUGUUUACACCUCAGAUAAGCUCAACUUUUUGUAA